CAGAACUUAACUUACGGUAUGGACUGCAGGAAUUGAAUGAUCUGGCCCGGGACCCCCCAGCACAGUGUUCAGCAGGUCCUGUUGGAGAUGAUAUGUUCCACUGGCAAGCUACAAUAAUGGGGCCAAAUGACAGUCCCUAUCAGGGUGGAGUAUUUUUCUUGACAAUUCAUUUCCCAACAGAUUACCCCUUCAAACCACCUAAGGUUGCAUUUACUACAAGGAUUUACCAUCCAAAUAUUAACAGUAAUGGCAGCAUUUGUCUUGAUAUUCUACGAUCACAGUGGUCUCCGGCACUAACUAUUUCAAAAGUACUCUUAUCCAUCUGUUCUCUGUUGUGUGAUCCCAAUCCAGAUGACCCUUUAGUGCCUGAGAUUGCUCGGAUCUACAAAACAGAUAGAGAAAAGUACAACAGAAUAGCUCGGGAAUGGACUCAGAAGUAUGCGAUGUAAUUCAAGAAAUUACUGGAUAACCUCUACAAAUAAAGAUAGGGGAACUCUGAAAGAGAAAGUCCUUUUGAUUUCCAUUUGACUGCUUUCUAUGAGCCCAUGCCUCAUCUUCCCCUGUGCACAUGUUUACCUGAUACAGCAGUGCUGCGUGUUGUACAUACUUGGAACAACAAACUAGAAAUACUGUACUCCUGUACCAACAUUGCCUCCUAGCAGAGAAGUGUGUGUGACAGGCCAGUUCUCCAGGCAUAACCUAGGUGUGAGACUCAAAGCUUUCUUUACGGAUUUACAUGUGGAUAGCGGCAAGGUGAGGUUGGUGGGUAUGGUGUGUGCUUGGAUGAGGAAAAGCAGCUCCAAUAACCUGUAGAGAAUGUUUUUAAGUGGAAUCCUUUUAAACAUAAAACAGUUAUGAAGAGCAAGGUGUGAAGACCAUGAAGCUGUUUCUGUAUUCAUUUUGUUCCGAUGGACCUACCUAUGUCUUAGGGGAAUGUUAUGACCAGCCAAACUAAACUGUACCCACACAUCCCGUAUGUUGAAGUCUAAGUUUAACUGGUCAACAUGAAAUGGAUUGGAGCUAUUAGUACCUAAAGUGUGAUGGGCUUUGUCCCCAACUCUUUUACAUCUUCCCACCCCUUCAACCUUCAUCCUUUUCAACCUCUCUUUUUCUCUUCCAUAUUCUUUGGUUUGUAUGUGGUUUUUCAGUUAAUACAUAGCUAAUAGCUCUUAUUUUUCAUAUGUUUUUAACUGGUUAGGUCUAUCUGGAUGUAAGGGUGAAAAUACAUUUGAUGGAAAUACUUGUGUAUAUUUAAAGACCCAGUCGCUCCUCUGGAGCUUGUACGUUAAAGAAUGAUUAAUCUGUGUAAUAAACUGAUUACUACAGUCAUUACAUACAA